AUGAAGAAAUUCCAGACAGAAGUAGAUCCCAUGCUGCAGUAUGCGCUGGAGCAGCCUGACGAGAACAUCAGCGACAGUGACAGCGGGAUAGAGUUUUUGGGGAACACUGAAUCUAUGCAAGGAAGCACUGUGCUCGCUGAAAGCACAGCAAACCAGAUAUACGACUUAACCACAGAAAAUACAAUGGAAAGCGAGCCGGCAAAGUCUGUAAAUGUCUCUAGAGUUUUGGGAAAAGAGCAUGCAGGAGAACGCGCAGCCUUUCUAAGCUCUAACAGCACAGAGCACGCGGCUAAGCCCAGCCCAGAGGGGCGGGAGUGGAUGCGGUAUGCACAGCUGGAUGAAAAAGAGAGAAUAAAUGAUCUAAGCCACUCCAUAUGCGAGGCCAUGGAAAGAAGCAUGCGCGAGGUGUAUGUGCUCCUGGAAAAAAGAAAUAUGCUGAUAUCUUCCGUUCUAAAGAAAGCACGCUCUCAGGGAGAUGGGUAUAUUUGCAUGAGCUCAAGAAGAACAGAAGAGCUGGAAAGGCCUGUGCAGAAGACUGUAUAUCCAAAUACCGGGUCUGCUGUAAAUGCCUCUACCUAUCCAGCUCGGGACUGGCCCUAUGAAGAAAUGCAAAAACUGGACCCCGUGCAAGACCUUUCUUGCAUUGCUGAAAUAGAUGUGCAGGAAGCAAAGGGCCCAAAACAGGAGCCAUAUGACGUUAUGCGUAUAAAAGAGUCUUUUUCAAACAACAACGUGAACUCUUCUUCUGAGAUGCACAGCGUGUCUAGAAUUCCCAUGGAGAGCCUGCAGAAGAACAUAAGCCCCCCAAGUGUAAAAAGUGCAGAUAGCACUGCCUUCUCGAGCCAGACAUGUGAAAAUCAAGGUACUGGUGGGGGCGUGCUUACAUUUCAAAAGAUGCAGGCAUACGCAUGUCUCAGAAAGGUUUUCAAGCUGCACGAUUUCCGGCACAACCAGCUGAAUAUCGUAAGCUCUGUGCUCAGCGGCCAUGAUGUGUUUGUGCUGAUGCCUACGGGAGGCGGCAAGUCCUUGACUUUCCAGCUGCCUGCAGUUAUUUCAGCUGGCGUAACGGUUGUUAUAAGCCCGCUUCUUGCGCUUAUCCAGGACCAGAUAAAAAACCUUCUCUUGCGCGGAAUCCCUGCAGUGGCCAUCAACUCUUCUCUCACAAAAACAGAGCGCGAUACUGCGUACAACAUGCUUCUCCUCCACGGGAUUGAAAAAGAUAGGGAGCUUCCUCCAGAACAACGCAUGCCAGUUGUGAAGAUUGUGUACGCCACGCCCGAGCUUCUUGUGGAAAGCAGAACGUUUAACCGGUCGCUAGAAAGCCUUCUGGCGCAUGGGCGGCUAGCAAGAUUUGUCAUAGACGAGGCGCACUGUGUAUCUCAGUGGGGGCACGACUUUAGGCCAGACUACACCCAGCUGUUUCUUUUGAGACAGCGGUACCCGACAGUGCCGAUCACCGCGCUCACAGCAACAGCAACCCAGGCCGUGCAGAAGGACGUAGCUGAAGCUCUGCGCCUGCGCAACUGCAAAGUGUUUUCACAAAGCUUCAAUCGGCCCAACCUGAAAUACAAAGUGCUUCCAAAGGUAAAGAACCCAAUACCCGCGAUAGUAAGCUUUAUAGAAACGUACUACCCAGAGGACUCUGGCAUUAUAUACUGUCUUUCCAAGAGAGACUGCGAGUGGCUGGCUGAGGUGCUGCAGAAAGAGCACGGAAUAGCAGCAGGAUACUACCACGCAGGGCUUUCAACAAAAGAAAGGACAGAGCGGGCCCGGGACUGGGACUUAUCGCGCAUUCGCGUGAUUGUUGCAACGAUAGCGUUUGGGAUGGGGAUAGACAAAAAAGACGUGAGGUAUGUCAUACACUACUCGCUGCCCAAGUCUCUCGAAGGGUACUAUCAGGAAACAGGGCGUGCAGGAAGAGACCAAAUGGACUCAGAGUGUGUGCUGUACUAUGCGUAUGGAGACAAAAAGAAAAUAGACUUUAUGAUAGACAAAAACACAGGCUCUUCGCCGGAGGCCAAGGCGCGGCAGCGCAGACAUCUUCAGGAAGUAAUAUCCUACUGCGAGAAUAAGGCAGAGUGCAGGAGAUACCUCCUUUUGCACUACUUUGGGGAAACCUUUAAAAAGUGCUGCGGCGAUGGAUGCGAUAACUGCCAGCGGGAAGGGACUUUGCAGCAGAUAGACUGCAUAGAAGAGGCGCUGCAGAUAAUAGAGCUGGUGGGCAGGGCCAAGCUUGUGACAGAGGGACAGCUUGUAACAGAAAUGCGGUCGCACUCUCGAAAAACAAAAGACAUACUGUCUCGAACUGUUCGUUGGCUGGUGGGGCGCGGGUAUCUGGAAACAAAGCUUGUGAUGGGUGCUCGCGGGUUCUCAUGGAGCUAUAUCAAGCCAGGGAAAGGAAUACCCACUGAGGCGUACAUUAGCAUGCACUCGGAGGAGACCCGCUCUAAGACUCGCCCUAAAGCCCCCAAGAGCGCUCCUGUCUUGUCAAAGUACCACUAUCCAGUGGAAGAGAUGGAUGACCUUGACAUAUAG